CGCCGAAUAAAGACAGGAGGAUGGCAAAUUGGAGCCAGAUCGUCGGCUUCCAAGGUCGGAAAAUCGACCUCCGACAGUUCAUUCAAGACGAGCUCAAGCACAUGAAGACGGCCUCAUAUGAAGAUCAAGUCAAGCAGAUUAAACAGACUAUUCAGUUCAUUCACCAGUCUUGCUCGCUUUUCUACCCAAGACCAUCUACCCAAGACCAUCCCAUUAAUACUCCGGUCCUCAACGAAGCUCCUGAAGUUAAAGGGUCACCGCUUCCUGCUGCUGCUGCUAAUCUAUGUCAAACUCUUCUGCUCCCGCUCCUCUUGAUCCGCCUCAACUCACCCCAAGUCCGCCACAAGUCGAUCAAAAACGGGGCAUCUGGGCGAGUUGGAAAUGAACCCGUCAAACCCAGAUCGGUCGACAUUACUUUGGACGAAUCCAGGGCCGACUGA